AUGGAGAACCUCGAACCAACUGACACGGACAUGGCCAGUCCACCAAGCAACUUCCACUCAUCAGUCCCAACAGUAACAUCCACAUCAGCACCGGCAUCACAAGUUCCAGAAUCACAACAACACCAACAACUGACCAAGGCACCACGGAGAAAGAAAACUGUUAACGACGGAUACAUCUACCACCCUUACGAGGAUUACUCGCAGACGGAUAGGAGUUCUCAGGGGGGAAGCAAUGAUGGUGAUAGCGCCAUGAAUGAUAAUCAGGCGAGCGCUACCAGGAUCCUCGAGCUACGUGGUCUUGAGCGGAGAAUCAUCCAGCUGCUGGAGACGGCUGGUCAAGCGAUCCAAAUCAUGAGCGGCGAAGACGAUCCCGAGAACGCGGGCCAGAUCCUUAUGGAUGCCAGCGUCGACAGCACCAAAGGCCCAGACAUGAUCAACACCUACGCUGAAGAAAAAUCCAAACAGUUUGAAGUCCUCACGGCCGGGUACGCGACCUUGGUCAACGAGAUCCAGUCGGGACUGAGGCGACAGUUUCAUUACUUGACCAAGGCCGGGAUUGCAUCGUCUCAUGUACCGUUCAAGAAUGUAGUGUAUGGCGAGGAGAAGGAGUUAGAGACUUGGUUAAAUGCGGUUGAUGUGUUGAAGGAGAGUACGGAUGGGUUGAUUGAGAAGGUUGAGCGCGAGUACUUGGGUGCGAACAGGGAGAGUGGGAACAAGGAUGAGGCAUUGCAGGACAGCAAUGCGCUAACUGCAGCAGCUGUGUCUGCAGAUUCUUAA